AUGGAUGAGGUCUAUAAUUCCCUGGGUGAACCUGCAGAUGUCAUAAUAAUGGGAGACUUUAAUCAGCCUGACACAAAAUGGACGCAGCCCGACAUUACUUCUGUGUCAAACUCUUCCCGUUGUCUGCUUGAACUUAUUGGUGCAUAUAGCCUGAGACAGUUAAAUUAUAUAACCAACUACCGAGAUGUAUGUCUUGAUCUGAUACUCUCUUCAAUUGAGACAUCUGAAGUUGUGCAUGCGCCUGAUGUACUGUUGGAGGAAGAUAGACACCAUCCUGCUUUGUCUUUUGAAUUUGAAGUGUUGCAGCCUUCCACGACUGAAAGCCAGAAACGGGUGCUUAACUUUCGAAGGUGUGAUGUCGAUGCUGUUUUCAAUGGGCUGCAGGUUCUAAGCUACCCUGCAUCAAGUGAGUUGGCGGAUCCUGAGCGGGCUUUCACAAACUUCAGCGACUACCUGGCCUCUUUAGUUAGGGUCAAUACUCCACUCAAAAGAGUUGGUGGAGCUAGAUUCCCCUCCUGGUUCUCUAAAAAAUUGAAACUGCUGGUUAUCAGGAAGAAACAGUUACAUAAAGUCUACAAGCAUACAAGGGCGCACAUUGAUUAUGAUAAUUUUCGGAGAACUAGAAGGGAGUGCAGAGACCUCACCCACGCGUGCUAUUCAGAGUACAUCGGUAAGGUUGAAAAUGGUAUUCCUAGAGAUAUUAAGUCCUUUUGGUCUCAUGUUGGUAGCCUUAAAAGUUCUCCUAACGUUCCGACACACAUGACUUUAGACAAAAAGGAAGCUACUGAUCCUACUAGCAAGUGUGAUUUGUUUGCUCGGUAUUUUUCUUCAGUAUUUAGUGAUACUACAGUUCCUAUUCCUAGAUUUGAUUAUGGUUGGAACCAAACAUUAUCCAGCUGUUCAAUAACAACCUUGGAUGUCCAACAGACCCUCGAAUCACUGGAUGCCAGGAAGAGUGCUGGGCCGGAUGAUAUACCACCACGAGUUCUAAAACAGUGUGCUCCAAUACUUGCAGUUCAUUUAACAAUUCUCUUCAGGCCUCUACUUGCUUCUGGAGUCUUUCCAUCAAACUUGAAGCAGAGCUAUGUAAUCCCAAUAUUUAAGUCUGGAGAUAGAGGGAACAUAAGAGACUAUAGACCCAUUGUGAUACAGUCUGCUCUCGCUAAGGUGUUUGAAAGUAUCAUCUUGAACAAUAUAUAUUCUCAACUCAAGAGUCGCAUCUGUUUGGAGCAACAUGGUUUCUUGAAGGGCCGCUCUACCACAACCAAUCUACUGAUGUUUCAGGAAUAUAUAAUGUCAGCUUUUGCAAAUUCCUCACAGGUAGAUUGCAUAUAUCUAGAUUUUAGCAAAGCAUUCGAUAAGAUUAAUCACAGUCUACUUAUAUCAAAGCUUGAAGGCUAUGGCAUUUGGGGACCUCUGCUUCGUUGGAUGAGUAGCUAUUUGCGGGAACGUACUCUUAUAGUCAAGUACGAUGGAGGAAUGCCAUCGGCCCCGACUGCGUUACUGGACAUCCUUAUAAUAGACUUUAACACAUCUGUCUCUGUUACCGGAGUGAAACCGGGUGGGGAGUGGGACCAGUACCAUCUUGUACGGAGGCCGACAAGCGACCAAAAGGACAAGCGACACAAUUUUUCUAUUGGAAAACACCAAUUACAAAUCAGACGGCAGAAUGGCGGUGGGGGCGUGGUUUACGCAACCUCCCCCCUCCAAAGCCUGUCCGGGGCUGUGAUUACAGAGUCCUGUCACGCUCACCGCGUACAGGCGUAG